AUGGUUGACGUGUUUGUGGUUCUGGUCUUUCAUCAUGGAGGGAACUUCGUAAGAGGAGUUGGUGGAAAGUUGGUUUAUCAGAAUGGAAAGGAGGAGAGGUUCCCUGAGAUGGACCUAGACUUUGUUAAUUUCGGAGACCUAGUGACACUAUUUAAGGGUUUGGGCUACCAGUCGUACAAGGCAGUAUACUGGUAUGAUCCAUCAAGCACUGAAUUUGAAUCCGAGAUGAACAUAUUGACUGGGGAUGCAGGGAUCAACGCAAUGCGAGAGAACCAAAUGAAGCACCCAGGGCGAGGUGAGUUUCAUAUAUACUUUGACCAUCCUGUCGACGAGCCGGAGGUUGUUGAGGAUGCUGCCCAGAACAGAGAUACUGCAGGGGAGGUGGGUGAAACUGCAGAGGAACUGAAUUCUUCCUCUUCAUCUGAUGACGGGUACGAGAGCACAGAGGACGUGUUGUACAAACUUCCACCGGCUGGAAUUGAUAGUGAUAGCAGUGAGAGUGACAACAAUGGUGGGGUCACUGCUGGGAAAAGGAAAAGAGGUGUCAAGGGUAAGAAGAAUGUCGUUACACCGAUCAAGAAGGUAGUCACUCCGAAAAAGAAGGUAAUUACUGCAAGGAAAAAGGUAGUUACACCAAAGAAGCAAGGGAAGAAGAAAAGACAAUUUCGCACAAGGGUUAAUGAAAGAGCGGAAGGAAGUGGGAAUAGGACUGAUGCACGUGGUGAAGCAAGAGAUCAAGGACCUGAUGUCCAGCCAGAUUAUGCAGUCGGGGGCAGAGGUGAAAAGUUUCCAGAGUUUAAUGAUGAGUAUGCUCAUGGUGAGGGCAGGUUUGAGCUAGGAACUAGGUUUGCCACUGUAGAAAGGUUCAAUGAGGUAGUUAAAGAUUCUUUCAUUGCUGAGGGUCGGGAAGUGAAAUGGAUAAAAAAUGACAAAGAGAGAGUGAGAGUGGGGUGUGGGGAUAAGGAGUGCCCUUACUUGGUUCACUUAUCAUACAACAAAAAUCUGCAGUGUUAUCAAUUGAAGACCUACCAUCCAGAACACACUUGUGCGAGGGAUUUGGACAGCAACGCUGCUGAUCAACACUGGCUAAGUAAGAAGAUUGAAAAGCGGAUGUCCACCCAACCACACAUGAAUACAAAGGAGGCUACUGAUUUUCUUAAAGGGGAAUUUUCCCUCUGUCCCCAUCCUAAAAUGGUUUAUAGAGCAGUGAAGGAGGCUAGGGAGAAGAUCCAAGGAAAUGAAAAGGAACAAUACAAGAGAUCCAGGGAUUAUUGUGAGGAAAUACUGAGGAGCAAUCCAGACUCAUCAGCCAGGCUUGAGCUCAUGCCAAUUCCAGAUGGCCCCCCUAUUUUUGAUAAAUUAUACAUUUGCCUAGAUACCUGCAAACAAGGUUUCAAAGAUGGAUGUCGUCCCUUGUUGCAUUUGGAUGGGUGCUUUCUGAAAACAUAUUAUGGUGGUUGGCUUCUAGCAGCAGUUGCUCAGGAUGCCAACAACCAAUUUUAUGUUGUUGCCUAUGGAGUGGUUAGGACUGAGACUAAGAAAGCCUGA